UCCAUCCUUUCCAACUGGAGGUCUGGAGAUGACGUGGGAAGAGGGCAGGAAGGCCCAGGGGAGGGAUGCGGCUCCUUCUCACCUGAGAACUCUCAAGUGCCCCCUAAUUAAGUUUAAUCAUAAGCAUGCUAACAAUAGCCCUCUUCCCUGAGCAUCCAAGAUGCCUUGCCUCCAUCCUGAGUAACCUACAAGGGGAACGCGCCUAAGUCCGGUCAGAUUUGGAAACCAAAGCUCAAAGAGGCUAGAUCAAUGACCUCAUGUAUCACAGAGCCGGGACCCACACUCUCUGUGCCACUCCAACCUCCUCUCUCCAGAAGCUCAGGGACAAUUUUGAAUCUCAGAGACAGCAUCUUCACAUGUCGGUCUCUGUGGCCUUUGCUCCCAGCAUGCACUGCCAACUCUCACUGUUACCUCAUUUGACAGCUGAGACUUUACUUAUAGCUUACACUUUAUUGCCUGUGAUUUCUCAUUGGAAACUACCUCCAGUCCUUUGAGGAACGAGCCAAAAGCAGAACUGACUUCUGGGUUGCAUUGCUGCAGCUCCUGCAUGGGUCUGCCCUGUCCUGGACGUGAGGGGGCCUGUCAGGACCUCUAGGAAGUUGCCAUGUGGCUGGGAAGGCAAAACACCUGUGUGUAAAGCACCCAAAUGACAAAACAGAUAUCAGCACUUUGGGGUAUCUAACUUGGGUUCUGGUCUCCAAAUAGAAUGUGGCUUGCAGAUGAGUUACAGACAAGUCCUGGUCAUCCAGGUUGGAGACAGAAUGCUGGUUGGCAAGCCUAGGCUCUUUUGAGAUCUUUAUUUUUAUUGGACAAGUGAACCUACUUUAAACACAUACAGUCAUUAGCUAAGGGUAUUAUAAUUAGCUGUUAUUGAGAGAGAAAAAUCUCCUGGAGGCGAUGGCAUUGGCCCAGAGGAGGUAGGGAGGGCUCCCCGGGUCCUGAGAGUGGCUGACAGACAUUUUGAAACCAGCCAAGCGACCAGGCUAAUAACCUGUGUGACUUUGAUGUUGCACACACUCAUUGUGGUUUCCUCCCUGCUCCCCAGCACGUAUUUACCCUCCCAGGCCCAUCAGUGGAAACUCUGCCAACCCAAAAUGCCUGUAAUCACACCCUGUUCGAGCUCUUUGCUGACCUCCUAAGUCUGGCACCUAGAAUGUGGGCCCACCCCAGGGCAUACCUCGCGUGGAACGGGGAGGGGGGGGGCAUGUUGGCUCACCUUCUGUCACGUUGGAUUUUUUUUCCCGAUUCCUGGAUUUUGUUCUAUAAGAAAGCCCUUAAGAUAUUGGAAAAGCAAGCCACACUUUAUUAUAUACUCAAUGGAUCCCUUCACUGAACAGAAUAAACAUUUAUGUAAAAUUGGGGCAGGCUCAGAUAAUCUGGGAUAAGGCUUACUACAUCCCAGAGAUAUCUGAGCCUCAUUAGGAGAUUUCUCAGGACGGGCAUGCAAAAGGGCCGGCAUAAUCGGGAAAACUCUGUCUACCCCUCAGUGAGAAGGUACUGGCUUUCCUCAGUGCCCCCAGGGCCCCGAGAGAGCCCAAGCCUGGUAAAGGGAGCCUCUGAGAAUCGUGAGCCCCAGAAGACCUUCCCUGGCCUUAAGGCUGACCUGGUUUCACCUGUUCUUGGGUGGAGUUGUACACCCACUUCUCAUGUGUGGAAGAGAGAAAACCCCUAAAUGCUCAGUGUGGUACUUUCAGAGUGUGGAGGGGCAAGGACUUUGGGGUUUGGUGGUGCCUGAAGGGAGCAGGCCAUCAGCACUGCCAUCCUGUUCCAGAAUUAAGGAUGCAGAUCAGAAGGCUCUAUACUUAAGAGGUGACCAGCUCCUGGUAGGAGAUCCCAGUGCGGACGACUGCUGUGCAGAGAAGAUCUGCAUACUUCCCAACAGAGGCCUGGACCGCACCAAAGUCCCCAUCUUCCUGGGACUCCAGGGAGGCAGUCGCUGCCUGGCCUGUGUGGAGACAGAAGAGGGGCCUUCCCUGCAGCUGGAGGAUGUGAACAUCGAGGACCUGUACAAGGGUGGUGAACAGGCCACACGCUUCACCUUCUUCCAGAGAAGCCUGGGCUCAGCCUUCAGGCUUGAGGCUGCUGCCUGGCCUGGCUGGUUCCUCUGUGGCCCAGCUGAGCCCCAGCAACCAGUACGACUUGCCAAGGAAAGUGAGCCAUUGGCCUGCACUGAGUUCUACUUUGAACAGAGUCGGUAGCGAGGCAGGAGGCCGAGUUCCAGGCUGGUGCCCCCAAACCAAGCUCAUCCUGCUGAAGGCAGCAUCCUGCUGAUAGGCAGAAUAAUGCCCCCCUAAAGAUGUCCACGUCCUAAUCCCCAGACUCUGUGAAUAUGUUACCUCCAAGGCAAAAGUGACUUUGCAAAUGUGAUUAAGGUAAGGAUCUUGAGAUGGGAAGACUCCCACAAGGGUCCUCGUAAGAAUGAGGCAGGAGGGUGAGAGUCAGAGGCUGGAAGAUGCUAUGCUAUUAAUCGAAUUUCAAAUGUAGCAGACAGGGCUAUCGGCCAGCGAAUGCAAGUGGUUCCAGAAGCUAGAAAAGGCAAGGGAAGGAUUCUCUCCUAGAGCUUCCAGGAGCAAUACAGCUCGGCUGACAGUUGAAUUUUAGUCCAGUGAAACCCAUUUUAGACCUCUGACCUCCAGAACUGUAGAAUAAUAAAUUUGUGUUGUUUGAAGCCACUAAGUUUGUGGUAAUUUGUUACGGCAGCAAUAGAAAAAUGGUACAGAGUCUUAAUAGGUGCCAGUAUUCAGUGUUUAACGCAAGGGGUGUGGGUAACUCGGUGGGUUCUUGCGAGGUUGCCCACAGCUUCUCCUACAGUCCAUCUGCCCCAGAGCUCCUAGAAACAGCCAGAAGCUCCAGGAAGAACCCAGCUCUCCCCUGCUGUCCAUGGACAGACAAUGCCUUGGGCUGCUCACAGUUGUAGUUUUAGUUCAAGUCUUACGAUUUUCCUUUCAGAUACUUCACAGUGAAUCAGUCAUUCGGUUGAUCAGUGGCUCUGGUUGUCUGCCAGUUUUGACCUGUGAGGAGCAAGGAGGGGCAGUGAGGGAGAGAUGGCGAGCUGGUACUGGAUGUGUUGUUUAGGCUACGGUGGAGCGGAUGGGCUGGGGUGGCUUGGUCCAAACGGCAAUACAGGGCUGGGACUCGGCUGAGUGUUUGCAGUUGGGACUGACCCUCUUCCUUGGAGCCUGAAUCCCUCUCCAUUUCUCAAUCUGUGGUCUGGCACAGGCUAGAGUGGGGAGCCCAUGACGUCAGCGCUCAGAGCGGUGGGCUGCUGGCUCUCUUCCUCCUUUGCGUAACCACUCAGCCCCCGUGGCACCAGGGGCCGGGGCAUUUAAUGACAGGCUGUCUUCACCCUCAGACCCACCCUGCAAGGCAAGCGUUUUCACCCAUUUGACAGAUGAGGACACUGAACUAGAAGGGAUGAAAUCCCUCGCUGAAGGUCAUGCGGGCCGUACGUGAUGGAACUCAAGGUCGUCCUGGCCCAUCUGACCCCGGUGUCGGUCCACGCAUUUUUAUUCCACUCUUUCUUUGGGAGUUCGGACAGGAUGGCAAACAAGCACAAGCUUCCUUGGAACUGAUAACCGAGUGGGGAAAACACUAACCAGGCACAUAAUCAAAGAAGAAAACAAACAAACAAGAGCAGUUUACAUCACAGAGGGUGAGCGCGGUAGGUAUUGAAUGACGAAAACAUUGGAGAAGGUGGUCAGGGGAAGCACCUCUGUCUUUUUGAGGAGGUGCCAUCUGAGCGAGACUGAAGGACAGGAGCAAGGGGGGAGCGGUGUGAUGAGGCAGAGGUAUAGCAAGUGUGCGGGCUCUGAGACAGAAGGGGCUUGGUGUGUCCAAACGGCAGUGGGAGGCGGGGGCGUUGGAACCUGGAGAAUAAGGGAGGGUUGGAACGGGAGCAAGACCAGCAGGGCGUGGGUCAUGGGGGCUUUAAAGGCAAAGUGAGGGCUUCAGUUUAUCUUCAAGUGCAAAGGGAAGCUGUGGGAAGGGUUUUAGCAGAGGAGGGACAUGCUGGCCUUAGAUUCUUCUCCUGGCUCUCCAUGGCCCGCAUAUGCCCUGAUUCCUUCACCCUCUGACCAUCAUGUCAUACCUAUGUGUUUAUGUGUUGAGACUGCUCUGUGCUCUUUGAGGGCCUGUUCUGUUCAACUUUGGGUCACCAGUGCCCAGAGUAGCUACUGAAACACCAAAGGUGCCGAAGAAGGGCAAAGUCUUGAAUGGAUUAGCGGAUGAUCACUUGGGUCUUAUGGAUCAUUCGGGAUACAGUGUAAGGAGAGCCAAGGUAGCAAGAGAGAUGGUCCCCAUUGUAGCACAGAGGCGGAGCUGGCAGAGGGGGCUGGACAAGGCUUCAAAAAGGAAAGCGCACUUCGUCAGGGCCUCAGAGAAAGAGUCGUUUUCCAGGAGGAGAGUGUGGGCGUGGGCAUUGCUAGGCAGAGAGAACAACUCAGGAAGGCGUGAUGAAGAGGAGUUGCUAACACUUCUGGGCCUGGGGAGCCAUGGCCGUGCUGGACCCCAGGGCUUCUGGCUGAGGAGUUGCUGAAAAUGAAGAGGUGAGGCCUGACUAUGAAUGCUGGUGAAAGAGGUGAGGAGGUGACACUUUAUCCAGGAGGCCUGGAGGCAUCAUCCAAGUAUUGCAAGUAGAACCUGGAUUUUAAGCCUGGGCCCCUGAGGUCAGCACUGGCCCAACCCAGGUGCUAUGAGGGUUUCAGCCCCUCCAGCUUCCUCUCUGCUCCCCCUCUUGCCCCAGCUGCCUUCUGUCUGGCACCACCCUGGGAUCAGCUUUGGUGCUUUGGUUCCAAGGUUUGGCCAGUCCCUGUCACCUCCCCAUGCCCGCUCAUCUC